UUUAUUGUCGUUAUUUCUUAGGUAAUUUUUCUGGGUCUCCAUCUUCAGAUUGGUUGGAUUUAGGUUUAUCCUCGAUGGUCGUUUAGUGAAAGAAGAAAAUGGCAGGAUGAGGAAAUUGCACCGAAAUAUUUUGUUUUAUUAUCGCUAUUUAUUUUAAUAUUUUUUCUGGAUUUGUAUCUUCAGAUUGGUUGGAUUUAGGCUUAUCCUCCUUGAAUGACUGAAAAUCGUUUGGCAAAAGAAGAAAAUAACAGGAUGAGAAAAUUGUUCAUGGAAUUAGGGCUAUGCCUCCCCCAAGUUGCAAUCAGCAAGCAAUUGAUGUAUUAGGUCAUGGGAGUUGAAAAAUUCCUUCCAGAAUUAAAUAAAGAAAUUAAUGUGGCUGUGACGAAUUUUUAUAUCCUCUUCCAAAUGUUUGGUCCAGGUUGUUUAUGCUUUACUGGUCCAGGUUUUAACAGAUAAAGAUUAGCAUACUCGUAGCACCAGGUUUGGAUUAGUGUCUUGCUGACCGGCGGGCAGCAUGUUGACUUUUGAAAAGUCUUACAGCUUUUGUUGUUUUGCUAAUAGAAAUAUUCUCUCCCACACCAUUUAUUUAUAUAAACCAGGUUGCAAUAUCCACUUUUGUUCUAGGAUAGCAUUCUCGCAGCUGUUUUGAAGUAUUGUCAUCAGUUAAGAAAUGGGGCAGGCUUGUUGUUGCUUACAAGUGGAUCAGUCAACUGUGGCUAUCAAAGAAACUUUUGGUAGGUUCGGUGAUGUGCUUCAUCCUGGAUGCCACUGCUUACCUUGGUGUUUAGGGCAUCAGAUUGCUGGCUACCUCUCAUUGCGUGUGCAACAACUUGAUGUUCGUUGUGAAACAAAGACAAAGGAUAAUGUGUUUGUCACUGUUGUUGCAUCUAUACAAUACCGUGCUCUUGCUGACAAGGCAUCUGAUGCUUUCUACAAACUUAGCAACACAAGGGAACAAAUUCAAUCUUAUGUUUUUGAUGUCAUCAGAGCAAGUGUUCCGAAGCUGAAUUUAGAUGAUGCAUUUGAGCAGAAGAAUGAUAUUGCAAGAGCUGUGGAAGAUGAACUUGAAAAGGCAAUGUCAAUGUAUGGAUAUGAGAUAGUUCAAACACUCAUUGUGGAUAUUGAGCCUGACGAGCAUGUUAAGAGAGCAAUGAAUGAGAUUAAUGCAGCUGCUAGGCUCAGGGUGGCAGCAAAUGAAAAGGCUGAAGCUGAGAAAAUACUGCAGAUCAAGCGGGCUGAAGGAGAUGCAGAAUCCAAGUACUUAGCAGGGCUUGGUAUAGCACGCCAACGCCAGGCCAUUGUAGAUGGCCUGAGGGACAGCGUGCUGGCCUUCUCAGUAAAUGUGCCCGGGACAACACCAAAGGAUGUCAUGGAUAUGGUGCUGGUGACCCAGUACUUUGACACCAUGAAAGAGAUUGGAGCAUCCUCCAAGUCCUCGUCUGUGUUCAUCCCUCAUGGGCCAGGGGCUGUGAGGGACAUUGCUGCACAAAUAAGGGAUGGCCUCCUCCAAGCCAACACCACUCUCCAGUAAGACCAAAUGGAUGCUAGUUUUCCAGUUAUGCAGAAUACGAAAUGUGAGAUGGUGUAAAUAGUGUGUUUAUAUAGGUAAGUUAUAUUGUCUUUAGUGCCUUGUUGAUUAUGUUUUAGGUGAGUUGUUGAACUAGCUAUUUUCAAAACACAGUUUAUGACUGCACUAUCAAGGUAUAUGGGUGGAGAUAACUAUUUUUAUCAUUAUUAAUUCUUUGUUGGUAAAAUUAUAGAAAAA